UAGUGCCGUGCACACUUUCGCUCUACUCCUCCCUUCUGCCCUCCCUCGUCUCGUCUUCUGCCUAGCAGCAGCUAGCAAGUUCGCUUCACGCUUCCCCAUCGCUCGCUUCGUCGUUCAACUCGAAACACCCCGCAGCCGCUGGUCAUUGUCCGAAGCUUUAAGCAGCAAACUGCGCGAUCGAAAGCUCUCGGUUCAACGCGGGAACUUUUGCAACCAAAGCGCGCGCCUCACAUCAGCCAGUGAUCGUGACGUAGUUAUUGACAAAUCUUUAUUUCGCUUUGCGCUGCAUUUGAUGUCACCCGAGCUCUAGUUGCGCGCUGUCUGCACAGGUCUCCUGCCGCAAAGGACUCUCUCCGAAGUGCGCGAGGACACGUCACAGUGCGAUGAAAGGGACGCAGGGAGAGCGGGAGGGAUGAGAAAGCGAUUCAAGUGAAGGAAGUCUCGCAUCACCAUAAAGUGCCUCAUCUGGAUGCUGCGGAAGCCCUUCUCCGUCCGCUUUGGAGCGCUCUCUUCCCCGCUGACUUGAGCGCGUGUGUGCGUGUGCGCUUGGCCUUGGCUCGGGCUAUAUUUCACCCCUGACAGUCAAUCAAGCCAUUUGCCUGUUCCUCGAUUCCAGCUCCGCCUGCUCGCCAUUUCACCUUUUAAUACAAGGACGCCAGUCGAUUAGUUUCCCUUUUGGGUUCUCAAAGUGUCUCUCCCUUCACUUCUGCAGUCUCCCAGACAUGCGAGUAUCUUUAGGGACUGCUGCGCCUAUGGCAACAGGGCAGGGGGUUUCAGAAGCCUAAAUUUAGAGAAAGUCCGUUUUACAUCAAUGCAAGAGGGCUAUUUUAAACCCAGAGCUCCGGAGGGUGAGUCUAGACAGCGGGGCGACCACUGCAGACAAAUACAAAGUGCCGCUCUACUCUACUUUUAAUGCCUCGUUUUCCUGGACGGCAGCCGAAGAUGCACCGCAGCAUGUCACAUUGACCUACUCCACCUCGGCACGCUCGAUUCUUCGCUGAUUUGAAACUGAUUUUAAACUGGCUGAUCAACAGACUAUGCCCCCUUCCUGUUCAUAAGAGAGUUUGCUUUGCAUUUCUAGACUGGUAGUCUGAGGAGCUCCUUGCCACUGUGCUCAUUUUUUUUUUGCAGCCUUUGUGCUUUAUCACGCCUGGCUGCCCCACCCCAGCCCUCCGCUCACCCGCCGCUCGCAGAGGGACCGCCAUGGCCGUCAAUGUGACCAUGGGUCGCGACACCAAGUGGCUGACGCUGGAGGUGUGCAGAGAGUUCCAGCGAGGAACCUGCUCGCGUUCGGACACCGAAUGCAAGUUCGCUCACCCCUCUCGCACCUGCCACGUGGAGAACGGCCGCGUCAUCGCCUGUUUCGACUCUCUCAAGGGACGCUGUACACGUGAUAACUGUAAGUACCUGCAUCCUCCACCUCAUCUCAAGACCCAGCUGGAGAUAAACGGCAGGAACAACCUGAUCCAGCAGAAGACCGCAGCCGCCAUGCUGGCCCAGCAGAUGCAGUUCAUGCUGCCUGGAGCUCAGCUGCAGCCCAUAACCUCUUUCCCAGUAACGCCUUCCUUGGCCAACAGUCCGAGCGUGGCUUUCAGCCCAUACCUGAGCCACGUGAGCCCGGGCAUCAGUCUCAUGCCCGAGCUUCUGCCCAGCGCCCCCGUGCUGGUCCCGGGGAGCCCCACCGGCAUCGCUAUGGGCAACGGAAAUUCAACGCAGAAACAUGUUCGCACAGACAAGCUUGAGGUAUGUCGAGAAUUCCAGCGGGGAAACUGCACACGCGGUGAAAACGACUGCCGCUACGCCCACCCGAUGGAAGCCGCCAUGGUGGACGGCAGCGAGAACUCCGUCAUUGUUUGCAUGGAUUACAUCAAGGGCCGAUGCACCCGUGACAAAUGCAAGUACUUUCACCCUCCGGCUCACUUACAGGCCCGGAUAAAGGCGGCGCAGCACCAAGCCAGCCAGAAUGCUGCUGCUAUGGCUCUGCCACCAGGAGCCAUGCAACAGCUACCAAAGAGACCGACCUUGGAGAAGACUAACGGCGCGGCUGCCGUCUUCAACCCCAGCAUGUUCCACUACCAGCAGGCUUUGGCCAGCAUGCAGCUGCAGCAGCCAGCGUUCAUUCCCACAGGCCUUUUCAAACCCCCAGGCCCAAUGACAGAGGGCCGCUGGGAGAGGCGGGACUGGACCAGCUGCAGGCCCCCCCAAGGCCGUUACCUGUCAGGGCCUGGACAUACUGUUCCCAUGAUGCACGGUGCCACCACUUCCACUGUUUCGUCGGCUACGACCCCAGUCACCAAUGUUCCUUUUGCUGAAUCAGCCACCUCCAACCAGACGCCGCCGAGGUACUGAGCGCCGACCCCAUCGACCUCCAGUGCGUUCCAAUGGAGGCCCAUUUCUGUCCCGUUCCCAAACUCCUGGUGGCUGCACCAAUGACGCUGAAUCCAGUAAGCCUCUCCCGCAAUCCCACAACCUAAUCAGGCCCAUCGCUCACGCAACAUGUGCCCAAACAACAGAAAAAUGAAUGCAACAAAACGUGUGCCUAAUCAGUACGUCCUUAACGGGCAAUACAUUCAUCCUCACAUCAGAGAUUUCCCACUUCAUUUGACGUCAACAGAGGUUUGUUGAUAUUGAAACAGGCAAUACUAAAGCUUGGACCUACAACUGUUUAAGGAAGCAUGCCAUCUCGAUGCAAGGAGACGAGCGGAUGAAUGCUGAAUCAGGAGAUGGAGCGCUCUCGUAACUCACAGCCAUACGAAUACAUGCAAACCAAUUAGCUGAGAAGAAUGAAUUCUCUGGAGGUGAACAUUAGCCAACGACUUUGAUGUGCGGUAAGAGUCGAUGCAGAUCAUCAGCAGACAGAAUGUUUCUCCGUCGCAGAAUGUGAAAACCACGAGUGUGUGAGAGCGACGCCUAAUGCUAAUGAUAUUUUACAUAGUUGUGGUGGUGGUAAUUUCUUUCACUUUUAAUUAUGAUUAAUGAACGUGGCACGUUUUAUUUCAUGUUUACAUUUCAAAAUGUCGAAAAAAAGGUUCUUUGAAAAUGAUCGAUGCUUUUGUAAGAUAAUCUGAUUCUAAUGAUUUAGGUUUUUCGUUCAGACGACGUUGUUCGUGCCUUUGAGUUACAAGUGUGUGGACGUCCUUUCCCCCUCCCCAGUUCUUCUGUACUCAACCGACUUACAUUUUAUCAUAGACUAAGAAAGUAUACCCGUGUAGCCUUUCAGAAUCAAUGUGUCGUUCCUCCGUCGACUUAGGGAUGUGUGUUGUUGUGAGUUUUUCUUGAAAGAGUAUUAUUUAUUUAACGACUGUCCAACAGGCUAAAACUGGUCUACUGAGAUAAGUGUUACUAUUCAUGCCUGAAGUAUCUCACUUCGCAUUUCAAGCUCCACAUCGAGACGGUCAAACGGAAGACUGGUUCACGUACUCAUACCUCCAUUUUAAAAAUAGAGCUGCCUUAAGCAGUCUAAAUAUGUGCAGUGUGAUGCACACUGAAAUGUAAGGUCUGAUUGCAGGCUUUCUGGAUGUAUAAGAUGUCUCAUUGAGAACAUUUUAACUGGACUUUAUUUUUAUUCCAGCUGGACUUUGUUCAUCAAUAUUUCUGCAAAUAUUGCUUAACUAUCAUCUGAUGUCCUGGAUAUUCAAAUGCUCUAAAAAUAGUCUUGUUUAUUUGCUUUUUAGAAUAUUAGCAUAUCUUUUUUUUUUUUCGAUUAUUGGGUGAAAUUCAUGAGAAAAGUCAAAAAAAUUAAAAAUAGAAACAAAUCCACAUCAUAUUUCACCCCAAAAGCAUAUUAGAUUAGCUAAAACCAAUUCUUUGGAAAUUAGGCACUCUUAUUGUCAUUACCAUAAUGCAAAAAAUCAGUUUUAUCACUGUAAUGCGCAAUAAAUAAUUAUAUAUGAAUGUUUUUAAGGGCAGGUCAUAUGGUAUUUUAAAGUGUCAACCUACAACAGUUUUUAACGCAUCUAAGGUCUGAAAACAUUUUAAUUUUCUCAGAAUAUUCUAGAAUCAUUUUGCAAUGAUUUUAAAAUGAUUCGUUCAAAGCAGUUCUGCGCUUAAGGUUGGUAAACCCCUCCCUUCCAUAACUCUACUCUACUCUGAUUGGUCAGCUGGCUAGGUCUGUUGUGAUUGGUCUUUCCGUAUACAAUGCAAGCGAAUCGUCCCCAGUUUAGCUGCUAAACUGUAAACACUUCACAAACAAUAACGGUGGAUACAUUAGACAAGUGCUAACAUGACUAAAUGAUGAAACCAAACCAAAAUAUGUCUACAUUCUUUAUUAUUAAACAAAGUAAUUAGAACAAGGACAGUCUAUUUUAAUGGACACAUUCGUAAGAAAAUAGUAAGUUCACAGCGAAUUAUCAGAACUAUUUCAGUAAGACGGUAAUAUUGUGGUGUGAAACCUAAAGCUCCACUAGGUGUACAUCACAUAUUAGCACAAAAACAUGAUAUUUUGAGCACUCGAUUGAAAAUUUACACAUAAUGUAUUAAUCAUACUUACAGGUUGUGGUUCAGAGAUGCUUGUUGGUCCAAAUAAAGAAGGUACAGGCUUAUCUUUCGUGGACAAGCGUUUAGCGAAUCCUGCGUUGAAUUCCCCAAGAGCAGUCCUCUGUAAAAUGACUAGCACACAACAAAAGUUUUGAAUUGUUUUGCUGUGGUAUUAUGGAAAAAAUUAACGUUAACCACUGAUUCUUCACAUUAUCAUCUUUCGGCAAUGAAAAAACAAACUUGCUUUCACAGCGCAGAACACCGCGUCAUGAUGUAAACACACUAACUAGCAGAAGUGUUUGUGGUCAGGUCAGAGUGUUCAUAUUUCGCGGGCAGGCGGGGAUUAUAUAAACGUGUUACCUAAUGACGUAGAUCAUGCUGAAGAAUCGAAAAUAUGCCGACUCGUUAAGGCGGCUCAGAGUCGACUCUUUCUUUUGGGAGACGAUAUCUUUAUCAUGCACUUUUUUUAUUAACAACUUUGCAGACUGUUUACAUUGAACGAUAGCUACGUUACAAACUGCAAAAAAGAUAUUUUACAAAAACCCAUAUGACCUGCUUUUUAACUAUCAUCUGAUGUCCUGGAUAUUCAAAUGCUCUAAAAAUAGUCUUGUUUAUUUUUUUUUUUUUUUAGAAUAUUAGCAUAUUGCCUUUUUUGAAUAAUGGGUGAAUUUCAUGAGAAGAUUCAAAAAAUGUUAAAAAGGAACAAAAAAAUCCAGGUCGUAUUUCAUCCCAAAAGCAAAUUAGAUUUGCUGAAACAACAAAUUUUUAUGACAAUUGAGCGUCACUGCUUCCGUGUCCAAACGCUCUAUCAGAUGCCACAAGAAAACAACAAACAGUGCUCACAAUGUGAUAUAUUACUACCAAAAAAUGUAUAAUCCUACCCUUUAACUCCAUACUGAAAUCCCAGAUAGCCAGACAAUGAAAAUAUACAAACUAAUAAAUAAAUAUAAAAAUGUAACUUAAAACGCUUAACUUAAAUGUUUAAUAUGAAUAAAUAGUGCUUAGAAACAGCUGUUGAGAUGGUAUUCUCAAGUGAAAUAAGUUGAGGCUUGGCUGUCAUCACUUAAAAAGCGAAUUGUCAUUACCAUAAUGCAAAAAUAUAACUUUUAUCACUGUAAUGCGUAAUAAGUAAUUAUAUAUAAAUAUUUUUAAAAAUAAUUUUUACAUAUACGUGGUUGCAUUUCUUCUAAUUCUGAUGUUAAAGAAAAAUAAUACUAAAAACAGUUAUAUUACAAAAAAUAUUUCCUGUUAUAAAGUAAAAAUUAAGUGCUAGUGAAAAUCAAAACAUACGGAUGCAUUAGAGAAAUGUGGUUUAACUGUCAUGAAAAUGGAAAAAAAGGCUUCCUUUUCUGUAUGCAUUUUCUUAAUGCUUUUGGUGUGAAAUGUGACAUUUUCAAAAGAUUCACCCUAUUACCAUGUCUAUCUCUUGUAGACAAACCCCUUCCGAUGGCUGGACUGUCUCUGCCAAAAUCCAUGCUCUGCCCCACCUGCUGUGUGACAGUCUGUUCGUCUCCACUUUUUUGUUCAGCCAUGUUUGGUGCAUCCUAAAUACUAUAAGAUGAGUUUUCAGCGUCCUUUCGUUGCCAAAGCUAUUCUUUAAAUGCUUUUUUACUCAUUUAUAACAGAUUGGCGCACAUAUGUUAAAUCCCGAUCGCAAGGAGAUAUGCAAAACCCUUCUAGAAGUCACACAGCGAUACCUGAUUUGAAUAUCCAGGAUCAUGAAUACAUCGAUGUAUUCAGCAGCAUACGCGCCCCCCUGCGCAGACAUGUCAAGUGCACUGCUUUUGUGCCAAUGACUCUCAGACAGGUCACCCUGUGCCAAUCACUGGAGAACUCACAAGACUGUACAAUCAUGCCAAGGUCAUGAGCCAGAUGGAUUUGAAUUGCAAUAUUGCAAAUGUGCCCACCCAAGCAACAAAUGUAAAGCAAGCUAUUAUCUCGCGCUUUGUUUUGAGACGUCUCAGUUAUCGCUACCGUUCAUUAGCCGAGCCCUACAGUUGGGAAACUGACAGCAGGGCGGUUUUCAGCAGCUGUUCUUAUUACUGCAUCAGUGGACGCCGUGCGCACCCGCUAAUAGAGUUCCGGUCUCUGCCAACCGAAAGCUCUAUUAGAUUAUCGCCGUAAUACAUUAUUGAUAGUUUAUCCGUGGAGGAAACGUGAAAAGCGUGUCACAGAGGCCUGCAAUCCAUUAGGGUCAAACUGGAGUUUCUUUGCCCAUUUUUCUUGUGUUUGUUUGUGCGAACAGGUUUAAAUCACUGACUGUGUCCUUACUUUCAAAAGUCGGCAGACUCUAAAAUGCAAGGGCGUAGAUGAGCGUGUGACGAGCGAACGUCAUCUGUUUGGACUGUGAGCUGAAAGCUGGCUCCCGUGUAGACAUGUUACAUUUAAAAGAAAUCGAUUAUUAUUUUCAGACUGGGUACUUAGAAAAGGCCCUCAUCAGCCAAAGCUUCAUUUACGAGCCCCUCGCGGGCCUUUACAUGCAUAUGUGAAUGUGACAUUUAAGACCGAGAGAAUGUCACGAGAGGUUUUGGAUGCCUCACCAUUUCUCUCGAACGAAACUACAACCUUUCUCAACAUAUCAAGGAAGUCAAAGCCUCCCAAUGCCAUCCACUGUUGAUGUACAAAAGAAAAAAAAACGUGUGCGUUUUUCAUCACUUAUCUCGAAGACCCUUCUCUAAACUGUUGUCUCCUUUGGGACAGCGUAUCCCCAAGAGAGAGCCAUAAAGCUGAUUUUAUGACCUAAAAAUGUCAACUUUUUUGCUGAUCAGCACACGAUCUAGGCCAAACGCAAGUGAAAUAUCGUACAACGCUGGUCUAAACCAAGACGAAAUCAGAGCGAGAUGAUACUAUACUGUGUUAUAACUGUAAUAGGAUCUGUAUUGUAAACAUGUUCCAUGUGUUUUAAGGUUGUUUUAAGAAAUACUGGGGCAAAUGCGUUUCGGAACGAUCUCUACUGUUUAUUGAUGUGUUGGAUUGUGUUUUGUAAUUAAGUUCCAUUGCCCAGCCAAGGUGUAGAAGCUCCUUUCUCUCUAUCUUUCUCUAUCUCUCUCUCUCUCUCUCUCUCUCAUAUAAAGAAUUAUGCCUUCUCCAACUGCAAUCCAGCUGGAAUCAACGAAUACUUGAUAAAGAAAAAACAAUGUGCCUCAUCGGGGGCUUUAGCAUUUUAAGAACUCACUUUUUAAGAAGUGUGUAUACCUGCAUAAAGUAGUUAGCUAGAAUAAUCUAUGUGUACGUAUUACAAACGCAUCAUCGUCAUCAUCGUCAUUCUAGUUUUUAUCGGAACACCUUCGUAACGGUACCUGUUUUAACUAUAUCCUCACAUGGUAGUUUGAGUUCGAUCAUUAUAGCGUUACUCGGUUACUUACCUUACAUCGUAAAGUCUGUCAUCGCAUGAAAUUAAAGUAAUCUGAAUAAUCAACAUCAUAGUUUGUGCAGUUAGUGGUUUAAGAUUUAAAAAAUACUCAAUCUAUAUAUCUAUAUAUCAAUAUACACAUUUGUAUGUAUUACAAUGAUAGAUUCAUUGUUAUCUAUGAUAGUAAGUUCUUGUUGCUAUGGCAACAAAACUACAACAUGGCUACCUUUGUAUAUCUUAAUUGUGAAUUUUUUCACACUUCAAGUGAAAUAAUGUACAACGUUAACUUAUUCAGAAAGGGAAUGUGUUCUUAAGUUGUCUUGGAAAAAGAGAUGAUUGACUAUUUUGUAAAAUUAAAUAUAGAUAUAGAUAUAUAUAUAUAUAAACGUAUAUAUAUACAGACUUGUGAGAUACUUUAUGUCCAAAGGCCCUUUGGAGACAUCAUACGUUAUUUCUGUUUUGAUGAUUAUUAUUUUUCUAUGGGGGUCGCUGAUCACUUUUAGAUAAGAACCAGAUCUUCUGUAAACAGCAUCUGAGCUUUUGAACUAAUCUGAUGGAUCAAUUCGGGGGAAAGAGACUUUCUAGUCUCGUAUUUGGUUUUUAUAAAAUAACGCAGCCCUGUGAUGUCAGUAACGGGACGGUAUCAGCCAUAGUGAGCCCCUGAUUUGAGUCUCUGUCCCCCUCUGGCCCGCCCAGACUGCACCCCAGCUGUGCUGGGACCUGGUGACUCGCGUCACCCCAUCGGUGUACGAAUGUGUGUUAUUCACCUUGUUUGCACUUAUGUACAUAACUGAUUCAAAAUAUUCAGAAUUUAUUUUGAAUAUACAUAGAUGAAUAAAUAUAUAUAUGUAGAAGAGCAGAAUCAAAUCAAAUGUCUGUAUCGUUCGGAAUACAGGUACAAACAGUUAUCCUUUUAAAGGGUCGUCAAAGAGAUAGAUGCUGUUUCGCCGGGGUGUCGAGGAAUUUGUCGUUUGUUCUGUUUGCUAAUGCCCUCGUUCUCAUCGUUAAGCAUGAUAUUGCAUUUUGCGGACAAAUGAUGUCAAAAAGGCUUUGUAGUUUCGCAUAGCUUACAAAAGCGCGGCGACCUGAGCACUUUGCCCGCUCCGAUCCCGAGGCGCGGUUGCGUCCUGAAACCAAAGACGGGGCCGACUUGUUUCUCUUUUACCUCUACAUCAGUUUUGUGUGGGAUGCGACGAAAAAAAGGGGGGCGUAAUAACGCUCUGCCCCCUAGAGAGAGGGAGGAGCGGGAGGGCAGCGUACGGAGCGCCUCGGGAUCAGACUGCGGCUGGAAGGCUUUGCUGCAGGUUCUACGAAAUUUCAUUUCAGUUUUGCGUUCGGUUUGGUUGUCGACGGACAUUUUCCAUUGUUUUGCACUCACCAAGACCAACAACAAAUAACCCGAAAAUCUCACAGGAAAUCCUCAAUCAGAAUCGCUCCGAAAUCCGACGUGAAAUCGCCAGACAGAACCCUCUGUUGAAGAAAACUUGUACAUUCUGUGCUCUACAGUUGCUUUGGAAGCCAAUAAUUUUGUUGCCAUGGCACUUGCCCUAAUAGUGAGGGAGAGACUGAGUCUUUUGUAGGUUCUCGCAUAUAGACGCACCUUUGGACCAAUCGGUUAUGGUCCUCAGCCUUUUGACUGUAAAGCUGAGGUAGCACUUAGGACUUAGCAUAGACUGAGGGGUCCCGACUUGCAUCCAGAAGCUGAAUGCGAACACACGGGGUGCUCCUUUUACCACUGUGCUUGACAGAGAAAAUCGACAAACACUCUUCUGCUGUCCAUUAUCCUGUGCCUAAACAUUGGGUGUGAUGUGAAAGGACUGCUCUGUAAAGAAAGCCAUUGAGGUUAGACUUCCACCUAACUGUGCCCUACAUUCGUCGCCGCCGCCGUCGUUGUCAUUUCCGCGACCGGAACCCUAACGUCAAUGGUUCGUGUUUUAAAGUCGCUGAGAGCGGAGCAUCACAUUAAUGUUGUACAAAGCUGUAUAGUUUCGAAUGAAGUCGCUCAUCGAUGCAGAGGUUAUGUCCCUUUAAAGGCGUUCGGCGGCCGACGCCGACGCCUGUGUAAAUGCUAUUGUGUGUGUGGAGCCGUUCAAAGAAUGUCUACAUUGUUUCAAAGCCAUAUGUAAUAGAUUCCUCUCUCUCCCACUGUAGGACAAGAUAAAACUGAAUGCUUUGACUCUUUAUAUGAAAUGCUUCUCUUUCUAUUUAGCUUAUCGUGCUUGUAUGUGCUUCAAGAACUGUGCUUCUUGUCAAUCCCUUUGCGAUAUAUAAAUGUAUGGAAUAUAUACAUACUUAAGACUUCUGUUCUUUUUGUUUGACAUUUUAAUAAAGCACUUAAAGGCA